UUGUGCGCGCACGGGCACAAAAUGUUGGGGAUGUAUGGAGUCACGACGCGCUACGCAACGCAGUUCGUCAUGACUUGAAGUGAAUCACGAUGGGAUUUCUUUAGUGACGUGACAUUUAGGUUAGAAGCAAUUAGGCAUGGCUUGUGUGUGCUGCAUAUUUACCAGCAGCUGUGGCAUAUAGCUGCUUUUCACCACUUUUUUUUGGGCUGCAGUUUGUUUUUAUUUUUAUUUCCAUCCAAAGCAGGCAUCUCAACGCAGCUGAACUCUUGCACUAUAUUUCCCAUGAGGUGAGGAGAGCGUGGUGCGCCGGAUUUCUCUUGGAGGACGCUGCUUUACGCUCCGUGCACCUGUGGACGCCUGCAAAAAGAGCACCGUGGACGCCUUUUGCGUGUCUUUUUUUCUUUACCAUACGCGUUUUAUUUUGAGGGUCUUUCCCGCAGCACAAAGCGUCUAUCGGAUGCACGGCUGCAGCAGUCGGAGAGGUCUGGUCACAUUCAGCACCACAUCAGCUUUGAACAGCGCCGGGUCGUCGCGUGUGGAUGGGCUCUGUCGGUCUCCGUGUCUCCAGCAGCUCCUAACUACCGGCAACAAUGGCAUCGCAGGGUUUCUGGUCUCUCGGCGGAGAUAAUGCGGGGGCCAACACCGGGAGUCAGAGCCCCAGUACGCCCAGGGCUUGGUGCCAAGCGGCGGCCCAGAAAUUAUCCGGAGGAAUUGGAUCGAAAUUAUGUGCGCUGCUAAAUGUCGGGGAAGUGGAGAAAGCCGCCGAGCCGGCCGCCAAUCAGCCGCCGGGGACAGAAGCUGCAGGCACCUGCGGCUGCAACAAAUCCUGCAACUGCACCAAAGCUGCUGUGGUCUUCUCCAACCUCUAUUCAACAGACCUGUUACCUGCCAUGGACGGCGAUACCAAAACAAUGACCUUCCUGCAGGAAGUUGUGGAUAUUUUACUGGCCUACAUCGUGGAGUCUUUCGACCGGGACACCAAAGUUAUUGAUUUUCAUUAUCCAAACGAGCUUCUUCAGAUGAACAACUGGGAGCUGCAGGGCGAGCCGGCCACCCUGGAUGAUAUCUUGAUCAGCUGUCGCGCUACUCUCAAAUACGCCAUCAAAACAGCCCACCCCAGGUACUUCAAUCAGCUCUCUACAGGAUUAGACAUGGUCGGACUGGCAGCCGAUUGGCUAACGUCCACCGCCAACACCAAUAUGUUCACCUAUGAGGUGGCUCCUGUCUUUGUGCUGCUGGAAUACGUCACUCUGAAGAAGAUGAGGGAGAUCAUUGGCUGGCCGGAUGGGCGAGGAGAUGGCAUUUUCUCUCCUGGUGGUGCUAUUUCUAAUAUGUACGCCAUGCUGCUGGCUCGCUUCAAGAUGUUCCCCGAAGUGAAGGAGAAAGGAAUGUCAUCUGUUCCCCGACUGGUGGCCUUCACAUCCGAACAUAGCCAUUUUUCAAUCAAAAAAGGUGCGGCAGCUCUUGGCAUCGGGACAGAGAGUGUGAUCUGCAUCAAAGCAGAUGAAAGUGGUAAAAUGAUCCCAGCCGACCUUGAGAGGAGAAUACUGGAGGCGAAACAGAAGGGCUUUGUUCCUUUCUUUGUUAGCGCAACUGCGGGCACAACAGUGUACGGAGCCUUUGACCCGCUCAUCGCCAUUUCUGACAUCUGCAAAAAGUACAGUGUCUGGAUGCAUGUGGAUGGUGCGUGGGGAGGAAGUCUGCUCAUGUCCCGGAGACACAGGUGGAAGCUGGAUGGGGUUGAGAGGGCCAAUUCAGUAACAUGGAACCCACACAAGAUGAUGUCAGUCCCUCUGCAGUGUUCAGCCCUGCUGGUCAGAGAGGAGGGUCUGAUGCAGAACUGCAACCAGAUGCACGCCUGCUACCUGUUCCAGCAGGACAAGCACUAUGACCUUUCCUACGACACCGGAGACAAAGCGCUGCAGUGCGGACGCCACGUGGACAUUUUCAAGCUGUGGCUCAUGUGGAGAGCUAAGGGCACCAUUGGGUUUGAAGCUCAGAUUGACAAGUGCUUGGAGCUGUCAGAGUAUCUCUACAACAAGAUCAAAGACAGAGAAGGAUACGAGAUGGUCUUUGAUGGAAAACCUCAACACACCAAUGUCUGCUUCUGGUACCUCCCUCCUGGGAUCCGCUACAUGGAGGACAAAGAGGAGAGAAAGAAACGCUUGCACAAGGUGGCUCCAGUGAUAAAAGCCAGAAUGAUGGAGUACGGGACAACUAUGGUCAGCUACCAACCACAAGGAGACAAGGUCAACUUUUUCCGCAUGGUGAUCUCAAAUCCUGCCGCAACCUUCGAGGACAUCGACUUUCUUAUUGAGGAGAUUGAACGACUGGGCCAGGAUCUAUAAGACUCAUCGCACCAAAUCCUCCUGUACUUUUCCCCCUUGACGGAUGAAUUGUUUGUCGUGAAUGUACUGGUAAACUUUUUCUUUUCUCUCUCUCUUUCCUCCAAAGUCGCAUAUUUAAGAGUAUAUUUGAGAAAAAAAGAUCUACAGAUAUAUCCAUAUAUUAUGUAUUGUAGCUUUGCCGUGGACUGACUUGGUCCAAAGCUAUGUAAAAGUGCUUCUGUCUGCCUUUCCUAUAGUGUGGUAGAUCCCAGAGUAGUGUAAGUGAUGUAACUUUAUAUGUCCUUUUUGUGAUAUGAAAUGCUUGUGCAAUAGGUCGAUGAAGAAGAAUUUAUUUUUUAAUCAUUUGUCAUUUGCAGAGUAUGUUGUUAAGUGCCAAACGUGGUUGUGUUCUAUUGUAACUUUACAUUUUAAACUUCUGGUUUAAAACAAAAAAAAGCACUUCACCUUACCUCAGCUUAAUCAACUGCCUUUGCAUCUGCACAUAGUACUCCAAGCGGUGAUCUUUGGACAAUACACUCUUGACUGGUGAUGUACAGCAGCACCAACACAUGUUAAAUAAGUAUCCCAACCAGAACAGGCAGUCACUGGGAUUUGGAAAUAUGUAUAAAAGAAGGCAUUUUCAUCAAAAUUACACAACGGCAAAGUCAAUUCAAAGCAUUUAUAAAGCCAUGUCAGUUCAUCGUGCAUCACAUCAGCCUCUGACAGUUUGGUCCGCAGCUUAUGAUGCUAAUUUAAUGUUGCUGCUUAUUAGUUCUAACACUUUCUACUCUUUUUACACACACUUCUUUCUAGUGUAUUUAAGGUGAAUAAGGCUUGUUAAAUUGUUUUGUUUGACGUAACCAGCUCCAUGCACAUAUCAGAAUGGGUACCAUUUCCAACCAGGCUGUAUGUUUAGUUGUCCUGAGUGUGCUUUACAUGUUGUAAUGAUGAUCCAAAAUGAGAAUAAUCAACAUUAAGAGGUCACGUAAAGUUAAAAUCCUUAAAUUUAUUAGGUAUUUCAAACUCAAUUUUUCCUACGUUCAAUGGCUUAUUUAGCCAUUUAAAUUAGUUUUUAAUUGCCUCUCCUUACAUUAGUUUUAAAUGUUAGUGGCGGAGUCCGCCACCACUUGGAAUUCAAGUUGCAUACCCGUGCACCUAUGAGCUAAUAGAUCAAAUUCAAACUUAAAAGUUUCAUCUCAGAGUGUCUGUGACAUUCAGAAAAAAUCAGUCAUUGUCUUAUUUUUUGGGGAAUGAUUAUGUCUUAAAAAGCAAAAUAAGCAACUGCGAGGGGCCCCAGACCAAAGCCCUGAAUUCACUGCAUGUCAGCUGGCUCUGGUAACUUGAUUAAAUGCAAAUUGCCACAGUUAACAACAAUAUCAACAGGCCCUGCAUUGUUAGCUGAUCCAUGCUAUGUCUUGCAACGGUAUCCCAUGUACGGAAACCAAGAAUGGCAGUGCCUGCAAUUAUUUUUUUAAUGCUGUUAUUUCGAGAUCACAAACUAAGUGUUUUGUUAUCUCUAUUUUGCAUUAGUUUUCUCGAAAUCAUGGGAUAAUUAUGGAGAGCUCAAAGAUGAGUGUCUUGUUUAUUUAAUCACACCUGAUUUCAGCCUUCAAGAUCACAAGGACACACUGCAAUUUCUGCCUGUUGGACCUUAAUUGAAGUACAGCAAUGAUGUGUCAUUUUCAGCAACAUUUUCAUCUUAAAUCACUUUCUACAGUUGUCAAGAUGCCAUCUAUGGAUGCUGGCACGGCACUCUUGAUCCUCCACUCCUUUUGUUUGCUAUCAGGUUGAUUAUCUCUUUAUCUCGAGAAAACAAAGUCCAUAACGAUGAUAAGAUAAUGAAAUACUUAGCUCAUGAUCUCAAGUUAGCACUGGACUUUAUGGGAACUUGUGGCCAGUGAGUGUUCUAGGCAGCAUGGUCUUGCACUUGCUGCUAUCACCAGUAACCACAGGUGUUUCUAAAUCAACCAGGACUAAAAUUUCAAGGUUUGUAACUUUAGAGAUGUGAAACCUCUCAUCUACAGUACCAUAACGAGAGAGCAUAUUUGUCAGUGGUGUUUUUGGACGAACACUUAAAGAAAGAUAGAGGAUCUUAAGAAAUCUGGGAACAGGGCAAUAACGGUGUUAUAGGAACUUCACCAGACUUGCAGCUACUGCAUAUCUGACAUCACUUGCACUAAAUCAUCGGGGGAGGAGGAAGCAUCCCUUAGCAUUGCAAAUGAGAUUUCUUCUUUAUUCAUUCACAAGCAAUAUUUGGGUGUGGGUCAAAUCUGUAUACCCUGCAAAAUAUCAAAAGAAAAGGUGAAUUCAAGUGUACAGUAGUUAACGAUAAUCAAGUUUGCUACUAGUUAGCAAAAACAUAAACUAAAACCACGCUUACUGUAGGCAGGUUAGUCGAUGGAAACGUGAACCCUGAUUUAACGAGCAGAGGUUCUGUAGCAUUUUCAUUAGAACAAGUUAGAAAAGCACAAUUUGCUCAACACGGUCGCUCAGUGUACAAUCACUUUUGAUCAUAGAUUGUAAAUAGUAUUUCAAGAUGUCCUAAGUACAUAUAUUUGUGUAUACAUGAGUGUAUAUAAGACAUAUAACCAGAGACUAUUUGUGAGGUAAAGUUAUUCAUAUUUUCUCUAUCUCCAAUAUAGAUUACCUGUAUUUUCAUCCUGUUUGUCCAAAAGGCUUUUUUCCUGUGUGUGUGUAUGUAUGUAUGUAUGUAUGUUAGAUACUUGACUUGGUUUGUGACUCUUCUUGCUAUUUCAAAGAAAAACAUGUUUCAGGAACUGGCUUUAAAGAAACUGACAGAUUUCACCUUGAAAUAUAUUCGAGUCUUGCUCAGAGACUCUGGUGUUUGGAUUUUAAACGAAUAUGCAAAGCCAUUUUGACUCUGAAGCCCUGUGUGUUUUUUUCUGUGCACAAGUGAAUACUUGACGGUAUGUGCCAAUGUGUACCUUAGUGUGUUUGUAACUGUGUUGCCUUAGUAUAAAUUUGCCAGUAUUGUCUAGUUUUCCUCCGAAGAGGAGGUUGUGCACUUUAGAGUAUACACAUGACCUAAUAACGUGCAAUGUCCAAUGGUUGUUCAUAAGUUGAUGUUGAAAAAAAAUUACUCAAAAAUGUAACUUAAGCUCUUUGGUCUGAAUGUGACAUGAAUCAAGGGUCUGUUGGAAGUUAAAGCAGUUCUUCUUUUUUUUUUGAGUUUACAGAUAUUUAGAGAUAAAGUUUUACUGUUUCACAUCCCCACACAGAUUACCCUAAAAUUGAUAUACUUUUUAGAUUUAUUAUUUCUGUUUACAGAUAAAAUUGGCGUACACACUGUGACACAGACAACAUCAGGUUUAAUACAGCGACACAGGAAUCUCACUGUGGUGGUCUUGGGCAACCUGAUCUCACAGAAAUCUGUGAAAUGACCAUGUUCCCUCAGCACUGCAUUACGUGAUGGCACGCACUGUGUUUCAUUAUGUGCCGGUAUUACACCGAGUACUGUAACCCAACAGAAUCUGACCCAGAUCCACCCCCUAAACACUAAAAGCUAUUUAUAGUUUCAGCAUCUGCAUGUUCGCAAGGGUCCACUUUGGUCUAUGUGAUGUAAAUGUCAUCAUCCACUCAUGUCAGUGUGGAUCCACUACAGUAAGUGCACAUGCUCCAAUCUCUUGUUCCACACUCCAGCCCAGUCCAAAACAUUGCAGUCAAACCAGCAGCUGCACCACAGUGAGGUAGUUUUAAGUUAUAUUUUUGAUAGACAUUCACUCUGGAUCCAUCCUAUGCCUUCUGUGUGACCACAGCUGUCUGCGUACGUUCAAUGUGGAAAGUAUGUCCGAGCCUUAACCCAAACCACUCAACAACUCACUAAAUACAAUGAUUUUGUAAGGUGCUGGGUCACAGAAUCUGACGGGUCACAAAUUUCAGUGUUACACGGCAAACUGUCACAGUUUGAAGCACGUGGUCAGCGUUGUGAAACGGUCACAUUUGGUCAAACCAAAACUACUUGGUCAGGUUUAAGAAAACAUCGUGCUGUCGGUUACAAUAAGCAUGCUUUUACCUAUGUGGUUACCUAAGUAAGGAAAAUUAAAAAUAAGUCAAUGCUGACUUUUGGUUUCACACAGGAGACAAACAGUGGUCUCUUGGGUGAAAGUCCUGUGUUUGUUUGACCCCUCCACCGCCCCAACCUGCUACCUGCGGGAACUUUGUUGCUCUUUAUACACCCAGUGGGGUCGUAACAUUAAACACUGGUCUCUUGGGUGAAAGUCCUAUAUUUGUUUGACCCGUCGGCCUCCCCAACCUUCCUCCCUGUGAGGACUUUGUAACUUGUUAUACUACCUAUGGGAUCUCAACAUUAAGUACCCCUCAUUGUGUGACGUUGGCAAACCAGGGAAUUCAUUUGUCCACCAUGACAAAGGAUCCUAAUUGACUUUUUAUUGGCAUUGUUUCCUUGUUGACAGCAUGUAAUUUCUACACAUUCUGUACCACCGUCAUCGCAUAACGCAGUGCUAACAGGUCAGGGUCAUUUCACAUAUUUCUGUUAGAACAGGCUGGUCUUGGAAAGCCAGACAUUUUCUUCUCUUGCUGCUGCUGCUGCUGCUAGACUUGCUUCCUUUGCACGUGCAUGCGAUGCCUUGCCUAUCCAGCUUGUUUGAUAUCUCUUAUAUAUCUAUUUCUAUAUAUAUAUAUAUAUAUACAUAUAUACAGUAAGUGUAGCUCCUGUAAUUAGCUUUAGUGUCCAAUGUAUAGCUUUAGCCUGUAGAUUAGUGCACUGUCGCUCUAGCCUUUACAUGUGAUUCUCUGUGUCUUGGGCUUCCUGUAAAGUUUCUCCGUGCCGCAAGCAUGCUAAACUCGCCUAGCAUUGUACUCCUCUCCGCGCUUGAUCUGACUAUCUCUAUCCUCUGUCUUUCUACUUCUUGCUUGAAGACUGUCGCCGCUCAGAAUGUAGAGUAUUAUAUCUAUAUGUGUAGUCCCUCAGCAUGUCUCUCUGAAAGCUCUUCUCUGCUCUGCACCUGUACGACCUUUUUCUCUCUUUCUCUUCCGCUUCGCCCUCUGGUAGCAGUGACGACGUAUCCUCGCGCUUUCCUCUAACGUUUCUUGGCUGCCCGCUGUCGUUCUAUUCUGCGUGUCUGAGGCGGUGUGUUGACUCGUGUCAUGGUGCCAUAACAUCACAGUUUAUGAUUUUCUUUUAUUUUACCAAGGCCCUUGACUCUAUGGGAUGUAUGACAAACAGAUCAAUAGGAUUUAGACUUGAUUGUCCAAAAACUUGUCAAAUGCAAGUGUUGUUAGCCUUUAACACAGAAGUAUAUAAAAAAUACACCCUGGUUUCUUGAUUACAGGAAAUAUUGUUUGUUUAGGAGAACAAUUAAAACCCCUAGUACUCAGAGUGCAGUUCACUUUCAUUAAAUAUGGUACAAUUUUGAAUCAUAUACUCUGCAAACUGCUGUGCUAGCUUCUCUCAAACAUUCAUUUGUCCUGAACUAUAUGUUACUAUUGGGAAAAUAGAAAUAAAUAUUGUCAAAACAAACAUUA